AUGGUUUCCGAUCCCAAUCUCACAGUUCUUGAACACUCCCAAAUAUCGCCACCACCGGCCACCAUUGGCCACCGCUCACUUCCGCUUACUUUCUUCGACAUUACAUGGCUACUCUUCCCUCCGGUCCACCAUAUUUUCUUCUACGAGUUCCCCCACUCUAAAUCCCAUUUCAUGGAAACCAUUGUUCCCAAUUUAAAACACUCUUUAUCCCUCACCCUUCAGCACUUUUUCCCAUUCGUUGGCAAUUUGAUUGUAUUCCCCAAUCCUAAUACUUCCGGUGUCAUCAGAAAACCAGAAAUUCAACACGUAGAAGGUGAUUCCGUUACUCUUACUAUCGCAGAAUGUAAUCUUGAUUUUGAUGAUUUAUCAGGAAAUCAUCAACGAAAAUGUGAAAACUUCUAUCCACUCGUUCCUCCAUUGGGAAAUGCCGUGAAAGCAUCUGAUUACGUCUCAAUCCCACUUUUCUCCGUCCAAGUGACGUUUUUCCGGGACGCCGGAAUCUCCAUCGGAAUGACGAAUCAUCAUAGCCUCGGUGACGCCAACACCCGUUUCGGUUUCUUGAAAGCUUGGAGUUCGAUUGCUACAUCUGGUGGAGAUGAAUCAUUCUUAGCGACUGGAUCUCAACCAAUCUACGAAAGAUUGAUUGACUUCCCGAAAUUAGAUGAAAAUAAGUUGAACAAAACAAAUCUUGACACUUUCUAUCAACCUCCUGCCCUUGUUUGUUCUUCUGAUAAAGUCCGGGCAACAUUCGUGUUAACCCGAACAAAUAUCAAUCAAUUGAAGAAACGGGUGUUAACCCAACAGCCAGAACUUGAAUACAUAUCAUCUUUUACAGUAACAUGUGGUUACAUAUGGAGUUGCAUUGCGAAAGCACGAGUCAAAAUGGGAGAAAAAAAGGGUGAAGACGAGUUAGAACAGUUCAUUCUCACCGUCGAUUGUCGAUCCCGUUUUGACCCGCCGGUGCCGGCGACCUAUUUUGGUAACUGCGGUGCGCCAUGUAUCGCAACCAUAAAAAACACAGUUUUAGCCGGUGAAAAUGGAUCUGUAAUCGCUGCUAAGUUCAUCGGAGAGGCUAUAAGCAAAAUGGUGAAAAAUAAGGACGGAAUCUUGAAAGAUGUGGAGAGGUGGCACGAUGGUUUCAAGAUUCCGGCGAGGAAGAUUGGUGUUGCGGGGACACCGAAGCUCGAUUUCUAUGGCAUUGAUUUUGGAUGGGGGAAGGUGAAAAAGUAUGAAGCUGUUUCGAUUGACUAUAAUGGAUCGGUUUCUAUCAAUGCAUGUAAAGAAUCAACACAAGAUGUUGAAAUUGGAUUGUGUUUUUCGAGUGUGGAAAUGGAGGCGUUUGCGAAUAUCUUUAAUGGCGGAUUAGAGAACUGA